ACACACACACACACACACACACACACACACACACACACACACACACACUGUUCAGGUCCACACUCGAAUCGUGUUCACACACUGUCUGUCUGCGCUGGUGGACUGUUGGACUUUUGGAAGCUUCACACAGCAGAUAUCUUUAUUCAGAAUCUGAUGGUUCAUUUAACGAGUUUUCCAGACGUCAGUGAGCCGAAAGAGUCGACUCUUAUUGGAGCUGAGGUGUGUGUGAUGUGAGCUGAGAAACAGAAAGUGUGAUGAGGGUCGUGUGUGUGUGAGUGACAGGGACAGAAGAAGACAGAAUGAAUCCUGUGAGGAAGGACAUGGAGCUGCUGAGCAACAGCAUGGCCACCUACGCUCACAUUAAAGAGAACACGGAGAGCUUUGCGCUGUACUUCAUGCUGGGCGUGUGUUUCGGUCUGCUCCUGGCCCUGACGCUCCUCAUCCUGGGCUUCGCCUGCAGGCCUAGAAGAACCGCCGCGAAGAAACCUGCUUCCCCUGACACGAAACGUCUCAAAGAGUCCAGCGAGGAAGACGAGGAGGAACGACUGGGCAGGAGCGAUGAGGAAGGAGAGGAAGAGGUGCCUGAUGUCACCGUAGCGCCCGUCAGCGAGCAGAGCCAGUCUAAUGGGACCAUCAGCAGUGUGAACGUGUUCUCCUCGGCUGACGAGCUGGAGAGAGCUCGCCGUUUAGAGGAGCGCGAACGCAUCGUCAGAGAAAUCUGGAGAAACGGACAGCCGGAUAUCCUAGUCACCGGGACUGGUACACUCGGACGGGUGCACUAUCAGUAGCUAGUGACUUAUACCAGAAGCAUUUCACAUCGUUUGAUAUGAUAUACUGUAUAUCGCAAGUAUUUUGCACUUCACUGGGACUGACACACAGUGAUAAAAGUCUCAUAUUUUGUACACGUUUAGAAAUAAACCUUUUAUACUACAUUGUUUUGGAGUGUCUGUAUAUACUUAGUGAUUUUAUGAUGUCUCAGUGGAAUUUAAAAAUAAACCUAGUUGAAGCUCUUUUCAGCUUGGUCAGCAUCCUGUGCUGUUCAGUCCCACGCUAAAGCAGAAACUUCACCCCUCAUUUCUCAGGCCUGCACUUCCUGUCGCCGCUCUCCCACCAGCUAAAGAAACAACUCUCCUCCCUAGGGGACAUUAAAAUGAUUUCAGAUGUCAGAAAGUAUUUGCUCUAAAGUUUCACCGCAGACACAUACAAGUUUGUGUGUGUUGUGUCGCUGAUGAUGAUGCUGUUAUUUACACCACAACACAGUUGAAUUCUGCAUUCUGAUUGGCCAGAGAGCUCCGAUUCAUUUUCACUCUGGCAUUCUCUGUACUCUUGCAUUUUGUUGCUUAAUUAGCAAUCAUUUCAUUCAUUCAUUCAUCACAUCAGCACUUUAUCCUGGUAAGGUUCAGGAUGUUUCCGGAGCGUAUCCCGGGAAUACCGGGCACGAGGCAGGAAUACACACAUUAUUCACACUACAGGACAAUUUAGAGUCACCAAUCCAGCUACUGGCACUUUUUUUUGGGAGGAAACUGGAGAACCUGGAAGAAACCCACAAGGACACAAGAAGAACAUGGGAAACUCCACACAGAGAGUAACUCCAGCUCAGGAUCGAACCAGAGACCAUGAAACUGUGAGACAGCAACGUUACACGCUGCACCACUGGCCUAGAUGGAAAUUUUAUAGAAAUAGUCCAAGUCCAGUUUAACAAAAAAAAAACUAAGCAAUAAGCUUCCAUUUGUCCAAAAAAGAUUGGAGUUUAGAGCUACAAUCUGCUGCCAUUUUUAAACUGGACCAUUGAACCCUUUCCUGUACAGCGUCCACACUCGCAGAACAUUAAUUUAAGGCUGUUUUUAGAAAUAUAUUAGAUGUAAAUCACCUCCAAACCACUGCAAUGUGAUUUACACCAUUAUCCUGAUUUUUAUUAAGUGUUGCUCCUCCCAGUCCUGCAGUUCAGUCACAGCACAUUUCUGUCUGAACUUUCUACACAAAAUGUCUAAUAGACAAAAAAAAAAAAAAAGAGU